AAGUAAGCUUACUCAUGUACUGUACUUCAGUACAGUUUUAAGGUACUUGUACUUUACUUGAGUAUAGGACAUUUUAUACUUUAUAUCAUUAAUUAUUCCCAUUUUACAUUUACAGCUAUAGUUGCUAGUUACUUUGUUGAUUAAGAUUUUUCAUAGAAAACAUUUAAUGAGCUUGAAAAAUAUGAGGCACUGACAAAAUGCCCAAAAGUAGGCCUAAAUGAUUUAUAGCUGCACCUUAACCAGCCACAACAGCAGCUUACACAUCAAUGCACUGGUGAUAAUGGAUCAUCCAAUACUACAAUCUAUCACUAUAAAUAGGUCCAUUCUGCACUAUUUUUACACUGUAGUGCUGCUACUUUUAUUGAAAUAAGUAAAGGGCAUAAAUACUUCUCCCAGCCAACACCGCAACAAGAAAUGCUAAUCUCUUAGCAUUCCCAUCCAACUCUCUAGGGAAACUAAGGGGACUGGGGGAAUGUGGGAUAGUUUCCCACAUUCCUCAGGUGGCACAGCUCUGAAUGCGUGUGUGAGAAAUAGAGAAGAGAGGAGUGUGUGUGUACUCUGACCCUCUGCAGUUAGAUUAGGCUACUUCAUGUUCACUCUUUGAGUCACUCGGUCUUCUGAAGAAGAGCUAAACCAGCACGGUUUGUUUUCAGGUUUUCUUCCUCUUCUUUUUAUUUUUAUUUUUUUAUAAAUCUAAAUCAGAUGAGUUUAAAAAAAGAAAGCGGUAGUCUGGAGCUGAGUGAGUGCACCAGAAACCCGGGCUAUCAGGAUGUAGAAGGCGGUGGGUCAGCGGCGGACACCAUCAACGCCAUCCCCGGGGAGAAGCAGGACUCCGCCGCGGUGAAGCUAGACCCUGACGCGGCUGAGGAGUACACGCAGCUCAAACCGUACGCCGGGAUGCCCAAGGAGGUGUUGCUGCUGUACUCCUCUCAGGCCCGGUACCGAGUGCCCCGAGAGAUUCUGUUCUGGCUGACGGUGGCCUGCACCCUGGCGCUGGUGGCGGUCACCGUCACGGUGAUUGCGCUGUCGCCGCGGUGCCUGAGCUGGUGGCAGGCCUCGCCGGUGUACCAGGUUUACCCCCGGUCCUUCAGAGACUCCGACGGAGAUGGAGUCGGGGACCUCAAAGGAAUUCAGAAGCAGCUGGAUCACUUCCAGUACCUGAACAUCAAGUCAGUUUGGAUCAGUCCUUUCUACCGCUCACCCAUGAAGGACUUCGGCUAUGACGUGGAAGAUUUCCGGGCCAUCGACCCGCUCUUUGGAACCAUGCAUGACUUUGAAGAGCUUCUGGCUGAAAUGCACAACAAAGGUUUAAAGCUGAUCAUGGAUUUCAUUCCCAAUCAUACCAGUGACCAGCACCGCUGGUUCAACCUGAGCCGGACUAGAGAUCCUCACUACAAGGAUUACUAUGUCUGGACUGACUGCAAUGCUACUGCACCGAGACCUAAUAAUUGGGUGAGUGUGUUUGGGAACUCGUCAUGGACUUAUGAUGAAGUUAGAGGACAAUGCUACCUGCACCAGUUCCUUAAGGAGCAACCAGACCUGAACUUCAGGAACCCACAUGUCCGCAAAGAGAUUAUUGAUAUUAUUCAUUUCUGGCUGGGGAAGGGAGUGGAUGGCUUCCGGAUGGAUGCAGUGAAGCACAUCCUGGAGGCUGCACACUUGAGGGAUGAACCACAAGUGGACCCAAACAAACCCCCAGAGUCUGUAACUUCAGAGUGGGACCUCUACCAUGACUACACCACCAGUCAGCUGGGCUUGCAUGACCUGCUGAGGGACUGGAGGGCUGAGAUGGACAUCUACAGCCGUGAGCCUGGCAGAUACAGGUUCAUGGUGACAGAGUCAUAUGAUUACCACGAGAUGGACAAGACCAUGAUGUACUAUGGCACCCCACUGGUCAAAGAAAGUGACUUCCCCUUUAACUUUUACCUGAUGGACCUGUCUCAGAACACCAGCGGCUUCUGGGUUCAACAUCUGGUCCACCUGUGGAUGGCCAACAUGCCCAGUGGACAAUGGCCCAACUGGGUGGUUGGGAACCAUGACAAGCCUCGAAUAGCCUCCAGUGCUGGUCAGACCUAUAUUCGUGUCAUCAACAUGCUGCUGCUGACCCUUCCAGGCACGCCCACCACCUACUAUGGCGAAGAGAUUGGCAUGGAGAACAUUAAUGUCACAGAAAGCCAGAUACAGGACCCGGCUGGCAAAUACAAUACAAGUGCCAGUCGGGACCCUCAGCGGUCUCCAAUGCAGUGGAGUGGUGACAUGAAUGCAGGCUUUAACAACAAAACCAACAUCACCUGGUUACCUGUGCACCCUGACUACAGAAGUGUCAAUGUGGAGGUUCAGAAGAAAGAUGAAGGAUCUGUUCUGGCUCAGUACCGUUUCCUGAACACCCUGCGUCAGUCAGAGCUCCCCCUUCACCGUGGGUGGUUCUGCUACGUCCACGCCGAUGCCAAUGUCUUCUCUUACCUCAGAGAGCUGGACGGGCUUGACCGAGCUUAUCUCAUGGUGCUUAACUUUGGUAAAGAAUCAGUCAUCACAGAUCUCUCCUCUAUUCGAGAGUUACCAGACCAGUUGAAGGUGCUAAUGAGCACAAACCGAGUCAAUGAUGGCAAGGUGUUGCAAAGGUCUCGUAUUCUGACAGAAGCAGGGGAGGGUUUGGUGGUUCAGUACUCCACCAACACUCGGUUUAAUCCCAACCACCCGGGACAGUGCUACGUCUCUGAGAAGGCCUGCUAUUUAAGGGCCAUGGACAUACUUUAUACAUGCUAAUAUGAAUGGACAAUGGUAUUCAGUUUUUACAGUUUCACAGUAGCAAUCAAAUCAUUAAGAUUCUUCUUUGCUGUCUCAUCUGUAAGAGAUUUAUGCCAUUUAAUAAAGAGGACCACUGCAGAUACA